CAACAAAAACAAAGGUCCAGAUCGCCUUAAGGAGGGGAUUUUAGCAGUAUCAGUGCAUCAAUGACGGUGAAGCAAAACCAACGGUCUAGAUUAGCGAUCAGGUAGUUCUCCCAAGUCACACAGAAAACAGCACCCUCAUAAAAAUACCCUAUGUCAUGCUCGUUUAAAACCAGUCCUUCCAUUUCUCAUCUAACAAAGUGAGAGAGAGAUAAGGAGGGAGACCUGAAACCAUGGUUUCUUCGCUCUCACGAAUAAUUUUCCUUGUAAUACUCAGCUGCCUCUCUUCCAUUCCCAAAACCUCACAUUCUCAAACCCCACAAUACCUGAAACUCCGUCUUCUCCACAAACCCCCAACCCCAACCCCAUCCCUCUCUCUCGUCUCUGAUUCCCAUCGCAUCUCUUCUCUCCGCUCCCGAGUCAUCUCGGGCGCGUCGACUGGGUCGGGUCAGUAUUUCGUCGAUUUCCGAGUCGGCUCACCUCCACAAACCCUCCUCCUCGUCGCCGACACCGGCAGCGACCUUGUCUGGUCCAAAUGCUCCGCCUGCCGCAACUGCUCUCGCCAUGCCCACGCCACCUCCUUCCUUCCCCGCCAUUCCUCCACAUUCUCCCCCUUCCACUGCUACAGCCGCACGUGCCGCCUCGCCCCUCCCCCGCUCUCUCCCACACGCUGCAACCGCACUCGCCUCCACAGCACGUGCCGCUACGGAUACUCCUACGCCGAUCGCUCCCGCACCUCCGGCUUCUUCUCCCACGACGUCGCCACCCUCAACUCCAGCUCCGGCCGCCAGAUCAAACUCCGCGGCCUCGCCUUCGGCUGCGGCUUCAGCGUCUCUGGCCCCAGCUUGGGUGGGGCCCAUGGGGUAAUGGGACUCGGCCGUGGACCCAUCUCCUUCGCGUCUCAGAUCGGGCGGCGAUUCGGGAAGAACAAGUUCUCCUACUGUCUCAUGGACUACACCAUCUCUCCUCCUCCAUCAAGCUAUCUCAUGAUCGGUGAGGCCCACCAGCCCGAUAAAAGGCCCAUCAGCUUCACCCCUCUCCAAUCCAACCCUCUUUCCCCGACCUUCUACUACAUCCGGAUCGAGUCUGUCAGCAUUGACGGAAAAUCCCUCCCGAUUGACCCCUCCGUUUGGGAUUUUGACGGUGACGGUAACGGCGGGACCGUCAUCGACUCGGGGACGACGCUCACGUUCCUGGCCGAGCCGGCGUACCGCCAGAUCCUGACGGCUUUUAGACGGAGGGUGCGACUUCCGAGGGUGGUGGGGCCCACCGGGUCGGGCUUCGAUCUAUGCGUCAACGUGUCCGUGGCCGGGAAUCCGAUGCUGCCCAGAUUAGGUUUCCGGCUCCUGGGUGGCGCGGCGUUUCUGCCGCCGCCGAGGAACUACUUCAUUGACGUGAAUGACGGCGUCAAGUGCCUGGCGUUACAGCCCAUUAACACGGCGUCAGCGUUCUCCGUUAUCGGGAAUCUGAUGCAGCAGGGGUUCUUGUUCAUCUUCGACCGGGAUGAGUCGCGGCUCGGCUUCUCGCGGACCGGGUGCACCUUGUCGUGAUGCGAGUCCGGUCCCUUUCGCUGCUCUGUCACUUCUUUCUUCACGACGGUGAUAGUUCACCACCGCUUUUCAUGCCCUGUUGGCUGAGAUGGCCAAGAUCCACCCCCAUACACGUGGCAAUCCGGAAGGUUCCCCAAAUCAUGAGUGUCACAUGCACGCUGAUUGGACGAUCUUAAACCAUCUGAUUUCGCUGGUUGAAAUUGGACCGCUGUUUAUUUGAAACCCACCGAUGAAUCGAUGGUUUGGAUUGUUUGAUGGUUAUUAUUAUUAUUUUUUUCCUGGGCUGUGUGCUCUGUGAUCCGUAGGGCCUUUGACGUGGAGAGUCUGAUCAAUUACGUGUCUCAAAGUAGACAUGGGUUAGACACCGCUACUUCAAAAAUGGUGGUUAACUAUCAACGUACUCUUAUCGUUUAGUAUUUAUUUUUAUUUGUAAUAUCCCGACAAUGAUAUUUCCUUUUCCAAAAUUAAUUAGAAAUUGAACGGCGUCGUGUUUAGUGCA